CAUUGACUGUUGCCUCUGAGCUUGAACUGGGGAUCUCUUCGCAUCUAAAUUGUCAAAAGAAAGGGAAGAAAAAACAAAGGCUGCUCAUUAUUUACAUUUUAUCUGACCUUUCUCCACUUGUCACACAGUAUAAAGUUUUUUUUCCCAGCACUGGAAUGUGGAGUCCGUGAAAUCUGCUGAACGUUUUGCAAAAUUGAAAAAGUAAGGGCCACUUGUUUUAAGCUUUUUUCGGUGCUCUGAAAGUUAGAAGAAAUGAAUUCUACAGCGUUCAAUCAAUCAGACAGCGGACUCUUUUCCAACAGAACUGAUGGGAUUUUGAAAUGCUGCAACUUCUCGUCUGUAGUGACGGAUAACGGUUUUGUUGCUACAGCACCGGAUGAGAGGAGUCUCUUCAUCAUGAGAGUUGUGCAAAUAGCGGUCAUGUGCGUGCUCUCGCUGACCGUGGUCUUCGGGAUUUUCUUUUUAGGGUGCAAUCUUCUCAUCAAAUCGGAGGGAAUGAUCAACUUUUUGGUUACGGACAGGAGACCAUCUAAAGAGGUGGAGGCUGUCAUUGUCGGUGCGUAUUAACACCAGCUACCUUGGAAGAGGGACAAAUGCUAAAUGCAAACUUGGGUUUUAUACAACGAAAUGCCUUUUCCACGACUCUAGCCCCGAUGUAAACAAGUUUGCGGACAAGGAUAAAUUAUGGUCGGUAAAUGACAGUAAGAGAGCAUCAUCUGUUCUGUUCUCCUGUAUGGACAGCUUACGGAACUGGACAAUGUGUCGAUGGGACCACUGGAUACGAUACAUGACUUUUCCCUGGAGUUCGUUUUCCACUUUUCCAUGUCGCCAAAGCUUAUCCGUAAAGAAUGUAUAUAGCGACUUUCAAAUAUGGACAAAUAACUCCGAUAGGCUACGUAACUUAAAUUAUUCAAAUUUCUAAAGCAGGUGGUGAAACCUUCUGUUGGCGUCAGUGAACAUAACAGAAGUGAAUUUUGCGUUUAUUGAAAUGCAAAAAAAAGUAUUUUAGUACGUUCCUCCAUCUCAACCAUAUGUUCGUGAAAGCAAUUUAUACUGUUUGUACUGGCAUACAAUUUGCUAUACCGUAUUUAGUUUCAUGUACGCGGGAACACUGCCGUUUUUUAGCCUUUGUCAAAUAUGAUAUAGGCUAGUAACUGCCAGAAUUAUUGAAAUGUAAUGAACAAAGUCAUGUAUGUUGUCAGGUUUAAUAAAUGCAUUCAGAAUUACUGCUGCUGUUAA